GCUACCCGGUAAGCAGCUGCGCUUCCUGCCGCAGCUGCUGGCGGCCGGAGUGUUGAAGUGCUGCUCUCCGGGGCCGGCUUCCUGGGCCUGAGCCGAGUGAAGCGGUGGUUGGGGUGGAGGGCUGCCGGCCGGGCUGGGGCGGGAGGCGCAGACUCAUGAAAUGGCCACAGAUGAUAAGACCUCCCCAACAUUGGACUCUGCUAAUGAUUUACCUCGAUCUCCCACCAGUCCUUCACAUCUCACACACUUUAAGCCUUUAACUCCUGAUCAGGAUGACCCUCCUUUUAAAUCAGCUUAUAGUUCUUUUGUAAAUCUCUUUCGAUUUAAUAAAGAGAGAGCAGAAGGAGCCCAGGGAGAGCAGCAGCCUCUUGGUGGAAGUUGGACCAGCCCGCAACUUCCUGCAAGGACACAGUCUGUGAGGUCUCCCACACCUUAUAAAAAACAGCUUAAUGAGGAACUUCAUCGGCGCUCUUCGGCAGUAUUAGACACAAGAAGGAAAGCAGAACCUACUUUUGGAGGUCAUGACCCGCGUACAGCUGUUCAGCUUCGAAGCCUCAGCACAGUGUUAAAACGACUCAAGGAAAUCAUGGAGGGGAAAAGUCAGGAUAGUGACUUGAAACAAUACUGGAUGCCAGAUAGCCAGUGUAAAGAGUGCUAUGACUGCAGUGAGAAAUUUACAACCUUUAGGCGCAGACACCAUUGCCGACUAUGUGGGCAGAUUUUCUGCAGUCGUUGCUGUAAUCAAGAAAUCCCUGGAAAAUUUAUGGGCUAUACAGGGGACCUUCGAGCUUGCACAUAUUGUAGAAAAAUAGCCUUAAGUUACGCUCAUUCCACAGACAGUAAUUCCAUUGGGGAAGACUUGAAUGCUCUUUCAGAUUCUACUUGCUCUGUGUCCGUACUUGAUCCGAGUGAGCCACGAACACCUGUUGGGAGUAGAAAAGCCAGCCGUAACAUAUUUUUAGAGGAUGAUUUGGCCUGGCAAAGUUUGAUUCAUCCAGAUUCCUCAAAUACUGCUCUUUCAACGAGACUUGUAUCUGUUCAAGAGGAUGCUGGGAAAUCUCCUGCUAGAAAUAGAUCAGCCAGCAUUACUAACUUGUCACUGGAUCGAUCUGGUUCUCCUAUGGUACCUUCAUAUGAGACAUCUGUCAGUCCCCAGGCUAACCGAACAUAUGUUAGAACAGAGACCACUGAGGACGAACGCAAAAUUCUUCUGGACAGUGUUCAGUUAAAGGAUCUUUGGAAAAAAAUCUGCCAUCACAGUAGUGGAAUGGAAUUUCAGGAUCACCGCUACUGGCUGCGAACACAUCCCAACUGCAUUGUAGGAAAGGAGUUAGUUAACUGGCUGAUCCGAAAUGGACACAUUGCUACAAGGGCACAAGCUAUAGCAAUUGGACAAGCAAUGGUUGAUGGACGUUGGCUGGACUGUGUUAGUCAUCAUGACCAGCUUUUCAGGGAUGAGUAUGCACUGUACCGACCACUGCAGAGUACAGAAUUUUCUGAGACACCUUCUCCAGACAGUGACUCGGUGAACUCUGUGGAAGGACACUCUGAGCCAUCCUGGUUUAAAGACAUUAAGUUUGAUGACAGCGACACAGAACAGAUAGCUGAAGAAGGUGACGAUAAUUUGGCUAAUUCUGCCAGUCCUAGCAAGCGUACAUCAGUCAGCAGUUUCCAGUCCACAGUGGACAGUGACUCAGCCGCUUCUAUCAGCCUGAACGUGGAGCUGGACAACGUGAACUUCCAUAUCAAGAAGCCCUCCAAGUACCCACAUGUGCCCCCUCACCCUGCUGACCAAAAAGAGUAUUUGAUUUCUGACACUGGAGGACAACAGCUCUCAAUUAGUGACGCCUUCAUCAAAGAAUCCUUAUUUAAUCGUCGGGUAGAGGAAAAGUCCAAAGAGCUGCCUUUCACACCUUUGGGCUGGCAUCAUAACAACCUGGAGCUCCUGAGGGAAGAGAAUGGGGAGAAGCAAGCCAUGGAGAGGUUGCUUUCAGCUAAUCAUAAUCACAUGAUGGCACUACUCCAGCAGUUGCUCCAUAAUGACUCAUUGUCACCAUCUUGGAGGGACAUUAUUGUGUCACUGGUCUGCCAGGUAGUUCAGACAGUCCGGCCUGAUGUCAAGAACCAGGAUGAUGACAUGGAUAUUCGUCAGUUUGUCCACAUUAAAAAAAUCCCAGGUGGAAAGAAGUUUGAUUCUGUGGUUGUCAAUGGCUUUGUUUGUACCAAGAAUAUUGCACAUAAAAAGAUGAAUUCUUGUAUUAAAAACCCCAAAAUUCUUCUGUUGAAGUGUUCAAUUGAGUAUCUCUACAGAGAAGAAACAAAGUUUACUUGCAUCGAUCCUAUUGUGCUUCAGGAAAGGGAAUUCUUGAAGAAUUAUGUUCAGCGAAUAGUGGAUGUUCGACCCACAUUGGUUCUAGUUGAGAAAACAGUAUCUCGGAUUGCCCAGGACAUGUUGCUGGAACAUGGCAUUACUUUGGUCAUUAAUGUAAAAUCACAAGUCUUGGAACGAAUCAGUCGGAUGACGCAGGGUGAUUUAGUAAUGUCGAUGGACCAGCUACUUACGAAACCACACCUGGGCACCUGUCACAAAUUUUAUUUGCAGCUGUUUCAGUUGCCUAAUGAACAAACCAAAACACUGAUGUUUUUUGAAGGCUGUUCGCAACACCUAGGCUGUACAAUCAAGCUUAGAGGAGGCUCUGAUUAUGAAUUGGCUCGAGUUAAAGAGAUCCUAAUCUUCAUGAUCUGUGUAGCUUAUCAUUCUCAACUAGAAAUCUCCUUUCUCAUGGAUGAAUUUGCUAUGCCUCCCACAUUAAUGCAAAACCCUUCAUUUCAUUCUCUGAUUGAGGGACAAGGGAGUGAGGGGGCUGCACAAGAGCAGUCCAGUGGAAGUUCCUUCCCCUGGGAUCCUGACAUCCUUCCUGAGUCUCUGUCUUCUGAUGAUAGCAGUUUGCUGGAAUCAAGGAUUGUCUUUGAAAAGAGUGAGCAGGAAAGUAAAAGUGUUCCUCAGGCUGUUGCCUCUUUGAAGCACCAAGAAUACGCCACAACAGCUUGCCCUGCAGGUGGCUUGCCCUGCCCUCCUGCUUUCUUCCCAGCAGUACCGGAGUCCUUGUUACCCCUCCAUGUAGAUGACCAACAGGAUGCUGUAGGCAAUGAGCAGCCAGAGGCUUUGCAGCAAGCAGAUGAACUACAGGAUCCCAAAAGCCAGACAAAAGCCUUUAGAGACCCUCUGCAGGAUGACUCGGGAUUAUAUGUUGCUGAGGAAGUCACCUCCUCUGAAGACAAACGAAAGACUUAUUCUUUGGCCUUUAAACAGGAAUUAAAAGAUGUGAUCCUCUGCAUCUCCCCAGUAAUCACAUUCCGGGAACCUUUCCUUUUAACUGAAAAGGGGAUGAGGUGCUCUACCCGAGAUUAUUUUGCAGAGCAGGUUUACUGGUCUCCUCUCCUCAAUAAAGAGUUCAAGGAAAUGGAGAAUAGGAGGAAGAAACAGCUACUCAGGGAUCUCUCUGGACUUCAGGGCAUGAAUGGAAGUAUUCAGGCCAAGUAUAUUCAAGUCUUGCCCUCGCAUGAGCUAGUGAGCACUAGAAUUGCAGAGCAUUUGGGUGAUAGCCAGAGCUUGGGUAGAAUGCUGGCUGAUUAUCGAGCCAGAGGAGGAAGAAUUCAGCCAAAAUAUGCAGACCCUUUUGCUCAUUCAAAAGAUGCAUCAGGUACCUCAAGUGGCAAAUCAGGAAGCAAAACUGAGGAUGACGAAGAGAGAGGGCUGAUUUCAAAUGAUGCAGUGUGGUCAACAAAGGUGGAUUGUCUGAAUCCCGUUAACCACCAGAGACUGUGCGUGCUCUUCAGCAGUUCCUCUGCCCAGUCCAGCAAUGCUCCCAGUGCCUGUGUCAGUCCUUGGAUAGUGACAAUGGAAUUUUAUGGAAAGAAUGAUCUUACACUAGGAAUAUUUUUAGAGAGAUACUGUUUCAGGCCUUCUUAUCAGUGUCCUAGCAUGUUCUGUGAUACCCCCAUGGUGCAUCACAUUCGUCGCUUUGUCCAUGGCCAAGGCUGUGUGCAGAUAAUCCUGAAGGAGUUGGAUUCUCCGGUCCCUGGAUAUCAACAUACAAUUCUCACAUAUUCCUGGUGCAGAAUCUGUAAGCAGGUAACUCCAGUUGUUGCUCUUUCCAAUGAGUCCUGGUCUAUGUCAUUUGCAAAAUACCUUGAACUUAGAUUUUAUGGGCACCAAUACACUCGUAGAGCUAAUGCUGAGCCAUGUGGUCACUCCAUCCACCAUGAUUAUCAUCAGUAUUUCUCCUAUAACCAGAUGGUGGCAUCUUUCAGUUAUUCUCCCAUUCGGCUUCUUGAAGUAUGUGUGCCACUCCCCAAAAUAUUCAUUAAACGUCAGGCCCCAUUGAAAGUGUCUCUUCUUCAGGAUCUGAAGGACUUCUUUCAAAAGGUUUCACAAGUAUAUCUUGCUGUUGAUGAAAGACUUGCAUCAUUGAAAACUGAUACAUUUAGCAAAACAAGAGAGGAAAAAAUGGAAGAUAUCUUUGCACAAAAAGAGAUGGAAGAAGGCGAGUUCAAGAACUGGAUUGAGAAGAUGCAAGCGAGGCUCAUGUCUUCCUCUGUAGAUACCCCUCAGCAACUACAGUCAGUCUUUGAGUCACUGAUUGCCAAGAAACAAAGCCUCUGUGAAGUGCUCCAAGCUUGGAAUAACAGGUUACAAGACCUUUUUCAGCAGGAAAAGGGUAGAAAGCGACCUUCGGUUCCUCCAAGUCCUGGAAGACUGAGACAAGGGGAGGAAAGCAAGAUAAGUGCAAUGGAUGCAUCUCCACGGAAUAUUUCCCCAGGACUUCAAAAUGGAGAAAAAGAGGAUCGCUUCUUAACAACCCUGUCCAGCCAGGGCUCUACCAGUUCUACCCAUCUCCAGUUGCCUACUCCACCUGAAGUCAUGUCUGAGCAGUCAGUGGGAGGGGCCCCGGAGCCAGACACAGCCAGCAGUUCUGAAGAUGUGUUUGAUGGACAUUUGCUGGGAUCCACAGACAGCCAGGUGAAAGAAAAGUCAACCAUGAAAGCCAUCUUUGCAAAUUUGCUUCCAGGAAAUAGCUACAAUCCCAUUCCCUUUCCUUUUGAUCCUGAUAAACACUACUUAAUGUAUGAACAUGAACGAGUGCCCAUUGCAGUCUGUGAGAAGGAACCCAGCUCCAUCAUUGCUUUUGCUCUCAGUUGUAAAGAAUACCGAAAUGCCUUGGAGGAAUUGUCUAAAGCAACUCUGUGGAACAGUGGCGAGGAAGGGCUUCCAACAACUAGUACUUUAGACAGUAGACCAAAGAGUAGCAGCCCUAUUAGAUUACCUGAAAGCAGUGGGGGACAGACAAACCGUCCUGCAGAAGCAGAACCACAACCAACCAAAAAGCCUUCUGGAAUGUUAUCCUUCUUCAGAGGGACAGCAGGAAAAAGCCCCGAUCUCUCUUCUCAAAAGAGAGAGACCUUGCGUGGAGCAGAUAGUGCUUACUACCAAGUUGGGCAGAUGGGCAAGGAGGGGACAGAGAAUCAAGGCCCUGAGCCUCCAGAUGAGGUUGAUGGAGGAGAUACACAGAAGAAACAAAUCACAAAUCCUCACGUGGAACUUCAAUUUUCUGAUGCUAAUGCAAAAUUUUACUGUCGGCUCUACUAUGCGGGAGAGUUUCAUAAGAUGCGUGAAGUGAUUCUAGGCAGCAGCGAGGAGGAUUUCAUUCGUUCCCUUUCCCACUCGUCACUCUGGCAGGCCCGAGGAGGCAAAUCAGGAGCUGUCUUCUAUGCGACUGAAGAUGAUAGAUUCAUUUUGAAGCAAAUGCCUCGUCUGGAAGUCCAGUCUUUCCUCGAUUUUGCACCACACUACUUCAAUUAUAUUACAAAUGCUGUUCAACAAAAGAGGCCCACUGCAUUGGCCAAAAUUCUUGGUGUUUACAGAAUUGGUUAUAAGAACUCUCAGAACAACACUGAGAAGAAGUUAGACCUUCUUGUCAUGGAAAAUCUUUUCUAUGGGAGAAAGAUGGCACAGGUUUUUGAUUUGAAGGGCUCACUUAGGAAUCGAAAUGUAAAAACUGACACUGGGAAAGAGAGUUGUGAUGUGGUCUUGCUGGAUGAAAAUCUCCUAAAGAUGGUUCGAGACAAUCCCCUGUAUAUUCGUUCUCAUUCCAAAGCUGUGCUCAGAACCUCCAUCCAUAGUGACGCCCAUUUCCUUUCUAGCCACCUCAUUAUAGAUUAUUCUUUGCUGGUUGGGCGAGAUGAUACUAGCAAUGAGCUAGUAGUUGGGAUUAUAGAUUAUAUUCGAACAUUUACAUGGGACAAAAAGCUUGAGAUGGUUGUGAAGUCAACAGGAAUUUUAGGAGGACAAGGCAAAAUGCCAACUGUGGUCUCACCAGAACUGUACAGGACUAGGUUUUGUGAAGCAAUGGACAAAUAUUUCCUGAUGGUACCAGACCACUGGACAGGCCUGGGUCUAAAUUGCUGAAAUCAAUCAAUCAAGCACGUAUUUUGAAAUGGAUGAUGAAAGAAAAGAAGGCAGGAGCAAAGGACCAAAAAUAAGCUACGUGUUUUCUUUAUCAUAUUCACCUUUGCAAAAAGACUUCUAAGUUCUGUGGCUCUUGAGACUGUCUGUGGUCGAAGUAUAAAAAUUCUGUGGAUUUGCACUUUGUUUUUUGAUACCUGUAGAUUAGCUGUCUGCAGGUUGGGAAGUUGCAUGCAAAUUUUUUCAUUGAAGACUUCAAAGGGCUAAGGUUAGAGAUAAGUAGAUAAGAGCAAAAAAAUGGGGUUGUCAUAUUUGCUAACUUUAAUAGUUUUAAGAAGAAGCAUUGUCUCAUAGAUUGUGACUUUCUUGGCAUCAUAUUUGACAUAUUCUUGGAAAAACAUUUGUAGAGCUGUUGAAUUUUGUGUGUGUGUGUGUGUUUAUGUAAUAAUUUAAUAUUGCCUAUUAUCAGAAUUUCUGAAACCUUUAGAAAAAUUAUGAUUUAUUCCACUAAUGACCAUUUAAACAGGUUGGCCCUUACUGUUUUAUUAAGGGAUUUGACUUAAACUGGGAUUCCUAUAAGGUUCUUUAUUUUCCCAGCUUAACUUGGUUUUGAAUGUGUUUGGUAUUUUUAAAAUUCUGUCUUCUUGGUGGGUGACAGAAAGCUUGUAGCCAUUAACUUUAAGCCUUUCUUUGGAGCUAUUUUUUAAGCUUGUUUAAACCUUUUGUGUAAUUAAUAUAUUAAAUUUUAUUUACCUGCAUAUGCUCAUAUUCUAGGUUUUUCCCCCAUUAUCAGGGAAACAUGGUUAUUAUUAGUAAAUUAGUCUGCAGUAACUAAAUCCUUAAAGGAAGAAGUCAUCAAGAAGUUUCUUUUAAUAUCAAAAAGGGAUUAGGCCCAAAAAAAUGGGUGAGAAGGAAAGACUUGCUUGUUUUUUAUAGUGGUAAAAUAUCUGUAAAAUUAAAAAAUUUCUGGUGUGGACAUCUUCUUUUUUCUAACUUUCUACACACUAGCUAGUUCCAAUGACUGAUAAAUAAUAUUAUUCUUAGUAAGGACUUUCUUGUUGAAUAGUCAGCAUUUUUGUUUGUUUUAAAAAGUGAUGAAAAGGACUAAACUAUCUUUGAGGAGAUACUGUAACCCUAGAACAUUUCUUCUUGGCUUCUUUCUGUAACAAAGAUAAUUUGAGGAUUUAAGUUUUAAAGAUUGUACUCUUUCCAGACUGCAUGUAAUAGCACAUCAGUUUUCACAUAAUAAGAAUAAGAUGUCUGGAUAAGUUCAGUUAUAGGAAGUACAUGAAGUAGGAACAUUUUGGAAAGUUUGUUUUAGAGAAGAAGGCAAUGGUUUGACUUUUCUGCUUAUUAAAAAUAUGGUUUGUUUGGGGGUAAAAGCUGGAAACAAAUUGACCAAGUAUUUAUGACUGAUCUGUUAAGUCUCUCCCGACCUCUUUUUAAAAACAUGUGUAUGUGCCUUUUGAAGAAACACAAAAUACUGAUGAUUUUAGUUUUGAUAUCAAAGACUAGGAAAGGAGUUGUACAGAGGUUAAAGAUAUGUGGAACAUUUUUAACUUCAUUUUUGUACAGGAACAAUGGAUUUUGUGUCUGAUUUGAAAUGCUAAUAUUGCUUUGUCUUCUCUGUUCGUUUUUUUCCCCAGUCAGCAUAGUUGGGAUUAUUUAUCCUGUUCAUUUCCUGUAAAUCCCCCCACCCCCCGUCAUGAGCACCUAAAGUACAUAGUACAUGAUGUCUAUCCCCAGUUAUAAGCAAAUUGUUUGUUUUUGUAGUUUCUGUACUAUGUGCAUAGCAAGGAUACUUCAUAGGAAUGGCUCUUGACAAUAAUGUGUCAUGUUGAGUUUGUUUUCCUUGCCCUUGACUUGAAAAACUAUAUUUUAAAAUACUGCUGCCUUGUAGGUAAUUUUGUGGUUAAAAAAUUCCAAUGUAAUAUAUUCUGAACAAUAGUUAUAAUACAAGGGCAAUCUUUACUUUUAAAAUUAAUGUCUGGACUGUGUUAAUGAAGGAGGAAUAUCCGAUUUAACCAUUUGUUUUGAGUGGUAGAACUGUAUGCCUGGCUUCUUGCCGCUUUUACUUAGACUACUUCUCUCUUGCUCUCUCUAUAAGAUGUUUCAAAUAUUGCGCUUCUCAGUGUUAAACAUUGACUAUUUUCCUUUCUUGAAUUCCCUUUCAAGGCCUAGAAAAUACUAAUGUUGAAACGUUAGGAAUGAGGAAGAAAUCUUAAUAAAUACUUCCUUUCUUAGAGUGUAGUAUGAAAUCUUGAGAAUAAUUGUGAGUAGCAAGAGAAAACUAUGUUAAUGUAAUGCUUUAUAUAAAACAUCUUUUUUGUAAAUGUGAAGCUUUUCAGUGCCAUUGACACUUAUUUUAAAAAAUUGAGUUAGUGUUUUCUUACUGCAGCUUAAGAAAAAUACUGAGAAUAAGCUGUUGCAAGUCCUUUUGUAGUCUGUUGAAUACUUUAAAUUUAUAGCUAUCCAAAAUUUCCUACUACAAAAUGUCUUACAAUUUUUUUUCCAUGAUUUAGCAGUGAGUGGUUUUCUAGUUCUGGCUUUUAUUGGGUAAUGUAAAUAGGAUUAGCUUGGCAUCAACUUUUGUGACAGUCCGUCGCCAGCAGCUUCUUGGCAGUUUACUCUUUAGCACAGGGCUGCCAACAAAAGUAUAGAAAAAGUUUGCUGAGCUUGAAGAGUGAAAACUAUUGUGAAUGAGCCUGAUAGUGAAACAGAUCGGGCAUUUCUUUUAAGUAUUAACAUACUGACUUACACAGUAUUCAAACCAUCUAGUGCAUUUUUUUUUGUAACAUAGGCACAGUGUAUUAUAGAAAAAAUAAAAAUUUACAAUCAUUAGCAGUUUUAUUAGGACUGCUGUGUCAGUUUUGUAAAAGAAAUGUACAUUACGUCUUUUGACAGGUUGAAUUUUAAACUAGAGAAACGACAUUGUAAAUCAUAACAGCCUCUUAAUUUAAUAUGAAAAAACAAUAUUGAA